AAAAUCUCCGCGGUGUCUAGCAGAUAUUCAAUGCUUUCGAAAACUACCAGGAACAUUUGGUUCCUGCAUCGCAUGCGGUAUUGUCGGCUUGGGGCGGGGCUUUGGCCUCCAUGUAAACAACGACUCUUCGCAUAGUCGUAAAUUCUUACGGCCACGGACGAGUGACUUUUCGCAAUGUGUUCUGUACGCCGUUGCAUUUGUAAACACCCCACAAGUAUUGCAGCACGCUACCUACGUACAGUGGGACGCUAGUCGUAUUGCAUACACAGGACUCUCAUACAAAUAGGAAUGCACACAUCACCCGAAUGCUACAGAACCCAUUGCAUUCCAUCUCCUCAGCUAUCAACCCUGGAAUCUACCCAGCUUCACAAUUCACCAUGUCUACCCCCAAGAUCCACCUCUAUGCCCUCACCGGCGCCUGCUCUGUCGCCCCACACAUCCUCCUCCACGAGUCCGGCCUCGACUUUACCACAACAAUCUAUAAGAAAGAGGAGCUCAUCAAGAAUGGCGGCUACCCCGACGAACUAAAGAAGCUCAACCCCAAAGCCAAGGUCCCCGUUGCCACCUUCGACAAUGAGGUCGUCACUGAGAACCCCGCCAUCUUCACCUACAUCUCGCAGCUCGCGCCGUCGAAGAAAUUCUUCGGAAACACGCCCCUAGAGACCGUUCGCGUGUACGAAUGGCUCAACUACCUGUCCGGCACGCUGCACAGCGCGGCUUAUGGCAUGUUCUACCGCCCGCAGAGGUUCGUAGAUGUCGAGGAUGGGAGCCUUGACAAACAUGUGCUGGCCAAGGCGAAAAUGACGAUUCAGGACAUCUACAAAUUCAUCGAUCAGAAGUUAGAGGGGAAGGAGUGGGCGGUUGGUCAGAAUUUCACGGCGGUGGAUGCGUAUCUGUAUGUUUUCUAUCGGUGGGGUGCGGGGCCGGUGCAAUUGGAUAUGGAGAAGGAAUACCCGAAUUAUGCUAGGAUCGCUAAGGCGGUGGAGGAGAGGCCGUCUGCUCAGGCAGUGCUUAAGGCGGAGGGGUUGAACUAGGGUGUGGUGAGAGGUAUGCGGUCUAUUUAGAGUAUCACGAUGACUGGCUCGAAUAAUCUCACGAACC